AUGGCGACGACUAGAGCAGAAGAUUUGAUAGUUUGCUAUUCACCGAAAAUGGUAACUGCAAAGGGUAUAUGGAAAGGUGACAACCCUUUGGAUUAUUCCAUUCCUCUCGUCAUCUUGCAGAUGACAAUCGUCGUUGCCACCACUCGCAUCAUGGUGUUCGUCCUCAAACCCCUGCGCCAACCUCGAGUCGUUUCCGAGAUUCUCGGCGGAGUAAUAUUAGGUCCAUCGGUGCUAGGACGGGUUCAAGGAUUUGCCAGCACAAUUUUUCCCUCAAGGAGUGUGAUGGUGCUUGAAACAAUGGCAAACGUUGGUCUGGUUUACUUCCUCUUCCUCGUUGGUGUGGAAAUGGACCUAACGGUGCUUCGUAAGACAGGAAAAAGGGCAUUGGCGGUUGCUAUUGGCGGCAUGAUAUUGCCCUUUGUAGUUGGCAUCUGUUUCACUAUUGUUCUCCAUGAGAGGAAACCAAAAUCUCUAAACACAGCCACCUACAUCCUCUUGCUUGGUGUCACACUCUCGGUCACCGCGUUUCCAGUGCUAGCUCGAAUCCUCUUCGAACUGAAACUGAUUAACUCAGAAAUCGGCAAAUUGGCAAUGUCUUCGGCUCUUCUUAACGUCAUGUGCGCUUGGAUUCUUUUAGCAUUUGCCAUUGCAACUGCGGAUAAUGAUGCAAAGUCCUUUACUUCGCUUUGGGUGCUUCUUGCCUGUGUAGGUUUCGUUGUGGUUUGCAUUGUUUUUGUUAGGCCAGCAAUUACAUGGAUGGUUGGAACAACCUCAGAAGGGGAACCCUUGAGCGAAUUUACUAUAUGCGUCAUUCUAACGGGGGCGAUGAUCUCAGGUUUCAUUACGGAUGCCAUUGGGACACAUUCUGUUUUUGGAGCUUUUGUGUUUGGUCUCGUAAUUCCCAAUGGCGCCCUUGGAGUUGUUUUAUUAGAAAAGCUUGAUGACUUUGUUUCCGGACUUUUACUCCCUCUCUUCUUUGCUAUCAGCGGGCUGAAGACCAAUUUUGCUUCUAUCGAUAGCGGUCGAACAUGGGGCGUCUUAGCAUUCAUUACCUUCCUCUCUUGCGCCGGCAAGAUAGCCGGAACUAUGCUUGUAACAAUGUUUCUCCGGAUGCCAUAUAAUGAUGGAUUUAUACUUGGAGUACUCAUGAAUGCCAAAGGCCUCGUUGAAUUGAUUGUUCUUAACAUUGGCAAAGAUCGGAAGGUCUUAGAUGAUGAAUCAUUUUCUGUCAUGGUGAUUGUAGCGGUGGUUAUGACUGCCAUCAUAUCACCCAUUGUGGCAACCAUGUACAAGCCAACGAGGAGUUCCGUGUCAUAUGAACGUCGAACACUUCAACGAGCACUGCAUGAUGGAGAGCUGCGACUGCUUGUAUGCAUCCACACCCAUCGCAAUGUCCCCGCAAUAAUCAACCUACUUGAAGCCUCAAACCCCACCACCAAAUCUCCAUUAUGUAUCUACGUGCUUCAUCUCGUUGAACUCUCUGGUCAUGCAUCAGGGAUGCUCAUCGUCCAUAACGCCCGCAAGUCCAAACACGUUCCCACGGCGAAGAACCGAACUCAAGCUCAAUCGGACAACAUAAUCAACGGUUUCGAAAGCUUUGAGCAACAUUCGAGCUAUGUCUCCAUUCACCCACUCACGGCCAUUUCCCCUUACAACUCCAUUCACGAAGAUAUAUGUAGCGUGGCCGAGGACAAACGUGUAUCCCUCGUAAUCAUCCCUUUCCAUAAACAACAAACGGUGGAUGGAGGGAUGGAAGGGACGAACCCAGCGUUCGGAUCAGUUAACCAGAAUUUACUAGCCAAGGCGCCUUGCUCGGUGGGCAUUUUAGUCGACCGAGGCGUAAGUGGGUCAGCUCGGGUUGCUGCAAACGAAGUGUCUCGCCAAGUUUGUGUGCUGUUUUUCGGUGGUCCAGACGAUAGAGAAGCUCUUGCUUAUGGGUGGAGAAUGUGUGAAAAUCCAGGGAUUGCUCUCACUGUGCUACGAUUCGUUCCAGGUGCCAAUGCAACACUCUCAACGAUGCUGCCUACUGAUGACCCAGACAACCCGAAUGUGUUAACAGUGGAAGCAACCAGCAGCUGGGAAAAUGGGCUUGAUGAUGAAUACAUAAACGAUUUCAGAAGCAAGAAUGAUGAUGAUGAAUCUAUCGUAUACACUGAGAAUGUGGUAAACAGUAGCGAGGAAACUGUUGCAGCGAUUAGGAAAUUAGACAACUACCAUGAUUUGCUCAUUGUUGGGAGAGGACAUGGCGUGAUGUCGCCAUUAACAACCGGCCUUACCGAUUGGAGUGAGUGCCCGGAGCUCGGUGCGAUCGGAGAUAUUCUAGCGGAGUCGGAUUUUUCGUCCACCGUAUCUGUGCUAGUAAUUCAACAGUAUAUUGGGUCAUCCCAACAUGAAUUGACUGGAUCACCGCAUAGCACAUCUCAAUCCGACGAUGAGCUUAUCCAUCGCCGGACAUGGUCACCAAAGAAAACUGAUUAUAUUUGA